ACUGAAGCUAGCCUCCUUCAUCUUUCUUCAUUUACUCUCAGACAAAAAAUCAAACAUGCUGCCUUCUUCCUCUUUGCCCUUCCCUUCCCUUCUCCUUCUUCCACUUCUCUUCCUUCUCUCAGCUCUGUUCCUAUCCCUGUGCCUUAGACGAACUAAGCAUGGCCUGAAACAACCCCCAGGGCCACCGGCCUGGCCGGUGAUCGGCAACCUCCACCAGUUGGGUACUCUCCCGCACCGAUCCCUUCAGUCUCUCGCGAAGCGCUAUGGACCCAUCAUGUCCUUGCGACUCGGACAGGUCCCUGCUGUUGUCGUCUCUUCCCCUGAAGCCGCCGAGCUUUUCCUCAGGACGCACGACGUCGUUUUUGCCAGCCGCCCAAGGACUCAAGCGUCGGAGUUCCUUUCUUAUGGCUCCAAGGGGAUGGUUUUCUCUGAAUAUGGCCCUUACUGGCGCGAUAUGAGGAAGCUCUGUACUUUGCAGCUUGUUAGCUCGUCGAAAUUGGAGACGUUUGCUCCCUUAAGAAGGGAGGAGUUGGGACAGCUGGUGAAGUCGAUUGAGAAGUCGGCGGCGGCGAGUGAGGUGGUGGAUCUGACGGGGAAGGUGGAGCGGCUUGUAGAAGACAUAAUGUAUAAAAUGAUAUUUGGACGCAACAGGGACGAUAGAUUUGGUCUGAAGGGUCUUAUUCAUGAAGCGCUGAACUUGGUUGGAGCCUUCAAUAUUGCAGAUUUCGUGCCUUUCUUGGCACCAUUUGAUAUCCAGGGCUUGACACGAAAGUUAAAGAGAAACUACAAGGCGCUCGAGGAUGUGUUGGAUAAGAUAGUGAUGGAGCAUGAAAACACUUCAAAAGGACAAAAUUUACAACACCAUAACGACUUCAUACACAUAUUGCUUUCCUUGAUGCACCAACCUGUGGAUCUACAGGACGACCAAGACCAUGUGAUAGAUAAAGCCAACAUCAAAGCUAUUUUAUCAGAUAUGGUUGGAGGGGCAACUGACACUUCUAUUGUUGUAAUUGAGUGGGCUUUAUCCGAACUUUUGAGGCAUCCAAGAGUGAUGAAAAAUCUUCAAAAUGAGCUACAAAACGUUGUUGGAAUGACGAGAAUGGUGGAAGAGUCUGAUUUAGCAAAGUUAAGUUAUUUAGAUAUGGUAAUCAAAGAGACUCUUAGACUAUAUCCAGUUGCACCUUUACUUGUCCCUCGAGAGAGUAUGGAGGAUGUUACAAUCAACGGGUGCUAUAUAAGGAAAAAGACAAGGGUAAUUGUAAAUGUGUGGGCCAUAGGACGUGAUUCUAAGGUUUGGUCUGAAAACGCGCAUAUGUUCCAUCCUGAGAGAUUUGUUGACAGCAAUAUUGACGUUCGAGGACACGAUUUUCAACUGUUACCAUUUGGCUCAGGUCGCAGAGGUUGUCCUGGCAUGAACUUGGGUAUGACUAGUGUUAAAUUUGUUUUAGCUCAAUUGGUUCAUUGCUUUUCUUGGGAACUUCCUUAUGGUAUGUCUCCCAGUGACUUGGACAUGAAUGAAGAGUUUGGUCUCUCAAUUCCAAGAGCCAAGCAUUUGCUAGCAGUUCCAACUUAUCGUUUACAAGAUGAUCGGAAACGACCAUCAGGACCACCGUCCCUACCAAUCAUCGGCAACCUUCACUUGUUGGGCGAACGGCCACACCGCAGCCUUCAAUCGCUGGCCAAAAUAUACGGUCCGAUCAUGUCGUUGAAGCUGGGACAAGUUCCUGCGGUCGUCGUUUCGUCCCCUGAAGCUGCGGGGCAAAUCCUGAAGACGCACGACGCCGUUUUUGCAUCUCGACCCAAAGUACAGUCGACAGAUCCGUUCAAGAAGGGAGUGAGGGGAGUGGCGUUUGCAGAGUAUGGUCCAUACUGGAGAUAUGUGAGGAAAUUGUGUACCCUUCAUCUUCUAAGCGCGUCAAGAGUGGAGAUGUUCGCUCCUCUGAGGAAGGAGGAGGUGGGAGCGACGGUGAAGAGGCUGGAGAGGGCGGCGGCCGCCGGAGAAGUUGUGGAUGUUAGUGAAAAGGUGGGGGAGCUUUUGGAGAACAUGAUGUAUAGGAUGGUGCCGGGACGUCGUAAGGAUGAUAGGUUUCAGUUGCGAGGGCUGAUGAACGAGGUUCUGAACUUGGUGGGACAGUUUAACAUUGCUGAUUAUAUCCCUUGGCUUGCUGCGUUUGAUCUUCAGGGAUUGACACGAAAGUUAAGGAGAAACAGAAAGGCGCUUGACGAUGCAUUGGAGAAGACAAUCGCUGAGCAUGAACUUGCACUUACAGAACCAAAUUUACAGCACCAUAACGAUUUCAUCUCCAUAUUGCUUUCUUUGCUGCAUCAACCCAUGGAUUUGCUGCACGAUGACCAAGACCACACCAUUGAUAGGCCUAACCUCACGGCUCUUUUAUUAGAUAUGAUCCUUGCGGCAACUGAUACUUCUUCUGUUGUAAUUGAAUGGGCUAUGUCUGAACUCUUGAGGGAUCCAAGAGUCAUGAAAGAUCUCCAAAAUGAACUGCAAGAAGUAGUUGGAAUGAACAGAAUGGUGGAAGAAGUUGAUUUAGCAAGCUUAAGUUAUUUGGACAUGGUCAUUAAGGAGGCUCUCAGACUACAUCCACCUGGACCUUUCUUAAUCCCUCGAGAAAGUAUGAAGGAUGAUGUCAUAGUCAAUGGAUAUUGCAUAAGAAAAAAGACAAGGAUCUUAGUAAAUGUAUGGGCCAUAGGACGUGAUCCUAAGGUUUGGUCUGACAAUGCUCAUAUGUUCUAUCCAGAAAGAUUUGUCGAUAGCAAUAUAGAUGUUCGAGGGCAUGAUUUCCAGCUAUUACCAUUUGGCUCAGGUCGAAGAGGAUGCGCUGGGACCCAGUUGGGCCUAACUACAGUUAAAUUCGUUUUAGCUCAACUGGUGCAUUGCUUUAAUUGGGAGCUUCCUCGUGGCGUUUGUCCCGGUGACUUGGACAUGAACGAAAAGUUUGGUCUCACAAUCCCAAGAACUAAGCCCUUACUGGCUAUUCCAACUUAUCGUUUAAAUAAUUAG